GGACAACUUAUUGUCCAAGUACGGAGUGGUAGCAGCGGACUUGCACACCAUGAUCAGCUGGGAUGGAGGCGGCGUGGCACAAGCGGUUCCAGGUGGAGCCGCCAGAGAUCAAAGCCAUGGACAAGCUUAUGGUCUUCGAGCAAGGCUCGCUGCCGAGUACGGACUGGAUCGCCGAGUACCAACGCUUGACAUCAAUCCCUGACAUCCAGAUGGGCUUCAAGGCCAUCCGCCACUAUUUCAUCUCAAGGUCAUGUCCGGCAUUGAGCAAUGCCCUGACGCAUGUCGAGGACACCUUGGCGACAACGGCGGAAUUAUUCGACAAGGCUGCGAAGAUCAUCGUUACGAACAAGGAGGCCAAGAACCUCCGUUCAUCUGCGUCAGGCCCGAGCGGGAACCAGCAUCGGCCACGAGUGGCCGUGGUCGUAGCGGCAGCGCCGUUAGACCAAUCCAGCGAGGCUGCGUCUACCAAUGAAGGAGACAGAUUCGCAGCCGCCCGGGAAGGUGGCCGCUCUGGCAGAGGCCGAGGCUGUUUGUCGGGACCGCAAUGCGCAACACUUAACGCUCAUCUCCACACUUACCUUUCCUUUUAUGCACCACCAACUUCGCCGACAGAUGACGAAGUCGAGGUGGGGGACAUCCUGGCAUAUACUACCAAGGUGGCCCGCGAGUUUCGCACGCAGCGGUACGAUAACAACAACGCACCGCUCAUGUAUGUCCGCAUCCAGGUUGGACAGGCGUCCUGCAACGCUCUGUUGGAUAGCGGCGCGACUCGCAACUUCAUGAGCCAAUCUUUUAUGCAAAAAGUUGGCGCACAAGUUCGGAGAAAGGCAAACCCAACGGCGAUCAAGUUGGCGGAUGGUAAGACACAGCAACUUCUCGACCGUUACAUCGAGGCCGUAAUGGUCUACUUCGCACCUCAUGCAUGCGAACCGGUGACAUUCGAUAUUCUCGACACGGACUUCGACAUCAUUCUGGGAAUGACUUGGCUUGCAAGUGCGGAUCACACGGUCAACUUCCAUCGGUGGACUCUUAGCGUUCGCAACGCCUUCGGCGCGGAAGUGGCGUGUACGAUUCCUCUACCGCACCCUUCGAUUCGGUGCCAAGUGGUAACAGUCAAAUCAUUCCGGGCGACUUGUGCUUACGAGCAGCCCGAGGAGAUCGGCAUAUGUUUCCUACGGACCGUCGCGGUAGCCAACUCUUCACCCACGGACUUGUCUUCGGACCCCCGUGUGGUACGGUUGCUGGACGAGUUCGCCGACAUCUUCGAGUCACCUACCGGUGUGGUGUCGGGUCGGCCGAUCUCUCACGAGAUCAUUCUUGAGGCCGGUGCCGUGCCGCCGAAAGGUUGCAUCUAUCGGAUGAGUGAGGAGGAGCUUGAGGUACUCCGCGCACAACUCGAUGAUUUGUUGGCCAAGGGCUGGAUCCGCCCGAGUAGCUCCCCAUAUGGACCACCAGUUCUCUUCGUCAGGAAGAAGAACAAGGAGCUACGAUUGUGCAUCGACUACCGCAAGCUCAACGCGCAAACCGUCAAGAAUGUGGGGCCUCUUCCUCGCAUCGACGAUCUUCUCGAGCGGAUGGGCGGUGCGAAGUAUUUUUCCAAGAUCGAUUUGAAAUCAGGAUAUCAUCAAAUCUCGAUUCAACCGAAUGAUCGCUACAAAACCGCAUUCAAGAUGCGGUACGCGCAUUUUGAGUGGGUGGUCAUGCCUUUUGGCCUCACCAACGCCCCAGCGACAUUCCAGGCGGCGAUGACCAAUGAGUUCCGUGCAAUGUUAGACCGGUUCGUGUUGGUCUACUUAGACGAUAUUCUCGUCUACAGCCGGACAUUGGAGGAUCAUCUUGGACAUCUUCGACGAGUGUUGGAGACGCUCCGCCGUGCCAAGUACAAGGCCAGCCGCAACAAGUGCGAAUUUGUCCGGCAAGAGCUGGAAUACUUGGGGCCAUUUUGUCACACCGGAGGGCAUCAGUCCGUUAUCGGACAAGAUUCACGCCGUCCAAGAGUGGUCGGAGCCUCCGAACGUCACGGAUGUCCGCUCGUUCCUCGGUCUUACCGACUACUAUCAGCGCUUCAUCAAAGGCUACUCCAAGAUCGUGGCCCACUUGAACAAGAUUCAGUGCGAGGAUCAGCCGUUUGACUUUGGACAGGAGGCGCGGGGAUCAUUCCUCGCUCUCAAAGCCGCGCUAUUGUCUGCGGAGGUCUUGCGGAUAUACGACCCGCUCGCGCCUACGCGUGU